UCAAAAGCAUCUCGUCUAUGAUGAACAUUAGGGAUUUACCGGAGUCAUUAUGGAAGCAAAAUUAUAUGAUUCAUAUACACAUACAUAUAUAUACAUACAUUUAUAACGAUUGCAGUAAAGAUAACGCAUUGACAAUAACGGCAUUGAUAAAUCGUAUAUGUCUUAUAAAAUAAUAGUGAAAUCCAGUAGUGUGGAAUCAUCGAAUUUCUACAUUUCUCUGGUUUCUGUAGUAAAACAUUACUUUGGUCUUUUUCUUUGUCUUGCAAAAUAAAUGUUAUAUAAAAAUACAAAACAAAUAAAAAAUAUAGAAAUACGUUGAACAAAGGAGUGAUUGUAGAACAAAAAUGGGUAAUUCUUCUAGCCAAGCAGAAGAAGCUGUAAACAGUGAGCAAGCAAAUCCAUUUAACGGAUCUGAUUUUACGAAAGAAGACUCCAACAAUGUAAAUGAAAAGAUUCUUCCAAAAGAUAAGUCUGCAAACACAGAUACUAUUGUACCAUCAAAAUUUCUUACAAAACAUGAUUUUAUUACAACAUGGUUCUCUUGGAAGAAUGAAUUUUUUGCCUAUAUGAAGGAUAUUGAUAAAACAGAGGCCAAUAAACAAAUGUGGGGUAUCAUGCUUUUAAAUCGUAUGGGUCCUGUUGGUCAAGAAAUUUACAGAACAUUCUCUUUUUAUGAUAAAAAUUCACAAGAAGAUAUAAAUGUAUUGAUAAAAAAAUUUGAUAUCUAUUGCAUAUAUGGAGAUAAGAAAAAAGAUGAGGAGGAUAUUGAUAAAUAUAUAAAUGACUUGAAACUCGCUGCUGUUGCACGUAAUUAUGCUGAUCCCGCGAGUAUCAUGAAAGAGAAAAUUAUACAGGACAUCAGUACUCGAUGUUAUACAGGAAAAGCUGCACUUUUCAUAGAACAUAAAGGGAAAAAUUUUAUACCAUUUUUGCAAUCGUUAGAUCUCAACAAUAUUAUUUUGUUUUGGAAACAAUGCGAAGAUUUAAUGACACAAGGAAAUGACGAGAGAAUGCUGAAACAGAAUUCUGCCCAUGUCACAUGCACUAUAAUAGAAUGUAAUCGAUGCGGUACAAAACAUAAUCCAAAUCGAUGUCCAGCUUGGGGUGUGCAGUGCAGCAGGUGUAAACAGUUUAAUCAUUUGAUGGAAUAUUGCAAAAUUAAAUACGUGAAUGAUUGUACUAAAUGUGGAACGAGUCAUAUUCAGUCACGUUGUCCGGCAUUCGGCGAGCUGUGUACAAACUGCGGCAAGAGUAAUCAUUUUUCAUGGAAAUGCCGGAUUCCCUUCAUAAAUAAUUGUUUGAGAUGUGGCAAAGAUCACCUCGCAUCUGCAUGUCCUGCACAGGGACAGAUAUGUCGUCGAUGUAAUAAACCAAAUCAUUUGGAAGAACUAUGUGUGAGUAAGUUGGACGAUAAUAUAAAGCAAUAAAAGCGUGAUAAUCCAUUGUUUUUUUUAUUAAUGUUAAAUUUGUUAUAUUAAAAAAUGCAAUAUUAUAUAUUCAUACAAAAUUUUUACUGGUUUUUCAAUAUAGAUAUUAUAUUGUAUAGUUAUUGUAUUUAAUAAUAUCAAAACUUGAUUUCGAACAUAAGCAAAGAUAUUGUAUAUAGAUAAAUAAGGAUAAAAAUAAAUAA